CUGAACACAACAUUAGUAUAAAAAGACUGUGAUUGGGCGGCGCGUCCGGACAUCAUACCCCCGGCGCGCGGAGACGGAGAUUUGCGUUCGAGCCGCUAGUUUAAUCCCCGGUUGAUGAACACAGCGAAGCCUUCCCUGGAGCUACGACGAGUUUAAGGAGCUCCACUGUGGACAGCGAGCAUGGCAGCAAGUUCAACCAAAUACACGAGGUUAUGAAAUACGCACCGCGCGUCGGUCCGCCCGCUACGGGGCCGAACCGGACGAUGGGUACGGGGCCAGAGGACCUGCUGGUCGCCCUGCAGAUCCUCCCCGGGUUCUUCUCCAACUGCCUGUUCCUCGCGCUGUACGACUCGGUGCUGCUGCUGAAGCGCGCUGUGUCGCUGCUCCGUGCCUCCCGCUCAGCGCGGGGAGGCGGAGAGUGGCAGCGCGCGCUCACCUCGGAGGGGAUGCGCUCCAUCUGGAAGGGCUUCCUGCUGGACGCCAACAAGCAGGUCAAACUCGGCGGCGAGGCGCCCAACUCCAAGGUGGUCAACAUCCCGGGCGGUUGGCCCGGCGCCGGGGGCCCGGCCGGCGGCCCCGUGCGCGGCCCCGGGGGGGAGUGCCACCUGUUGGACUUCGAGUCGUCGGACCGCCCCCUGGUGGUGAACUUUGGCUCGGCCACCUGACCCCCCUUCAUCAGCCACCUGCCGGCCUUCCGGCGGCUGGUGGAGGACUUCAGCCCCGUGGCGGACUUCCUGCUGGUGUACAUCGACGAGGCGCACCCCUCGGACGGCUGGGCGGCGCCCGCCACGGGCCAGCGCCGCUUCAACGUGCGGAAGCACCGCGACCUGGAGGAGCGCGUGGUGGCGGCGCGCAGCCUCACCGAGCACUUCGGCCUGCCGCCGCAGUGCCGGCUGGUGGCGGACAGCAUGGACAACAACGCCAACGCCGCCUACGGCGUGGCCAACGAGCGCGUCUGCAUCGUGCAGCGCCGCAAGAUCGCCUACCUGGGCGGGAAGGGACCCUUCUUUUACAACCUGAAGGACGUCCGCCAGUGGCUGGAGCAGACCUACGGCCGGCGGUAGGG